AUGAUUAAUUAAUAGGUGUUUGAACAACUCAAUUCCAUUCUCUUUAAGCAGAAAUUCGAAAACCAAAUCAAAAAUAUGUACCCAACCCAAAAGAACUUAGAAUUCAAGUAAGCCAAAUAAUCCACUUUAUCAGGUUCAUAGUACUAAAAAAAAUUGAAUCAUAAAUCACUAAGACUUAAAAGAAAAUCACUAAGUAUUGGAUUGCAGAUGAGACUGGCAGUGCUUUCUUGAAUGUACAUGAUAUGGACGAGUCAGCCAUAUCUCCAGGAGAUGUUUGUGUAAUGGUUGGAGCAUAUACAAAUCUAUUUAAAGGAAUGAUGAAUAUUCAUCAAGGUAAACAUAUUAAAUAUUAUAGGUAAGAAUGGUAUAUUCAAAAAAGUGAGUGAAUUCGAUCUUCAAUAUUCAACAUACCCUAAUCAUAGCUUGAAAAAUUGGGGUAAUGAUUAAUAACCCACUUAAACUUGA